AUGAGUCAGGGGGGCUCUAGACGGCCGUUUCCGCGCGGCGGCCCGCGCUGGCACCCGCGCUACAAAGAAUACUGGGACUACGAACAAAAUUACAGUGAUGGCAGCAGCGCCGGCAGCCCGAAGGAAGCGUGCGUGGCUGCGUCGCCUCCCCCCGCGCCCGCUAAGCGGGAAGUGCGUCCCCCCCACCACCACCAGCAACACCACCACGACCAGCGACGGCUCAGCGUCGGCGGUGGCGCGGGUGGUUCUCGGCGUGCCGAACGCCGUGCGGCCGGGCCAUCAGAGCGUCGACGUCCUGAGAUGAGGGUGAGUCCCGGAGCCGGACCCUCCGCAGAGCCACCACAUAUGCACCACACACCACACCAUCACCACAUGGACACGAAUCCGCUAGAAGGUGGCGUCGAGCCGCUAGUGAGCGCGGGCUCGUCUGACGGCGAGCUGUCGAGUAAGGCGGGCGACAGUCCCAGCAGGAAGCGACGGCGCAUAUCGCGGCACCUCUCCUCAGGUGAAAGCAACGUAUCAGUGGCAACCCCAGUCGUCGAACGGCGGACGCCCAGACUGCCUUAUCAACCUCCACGGCGCGUGCGCUACAUGAGCGGUGGGGGCGGCGUGUGGGCGCACGAGGCGCACGCCGCGCCGCACGCGCCUCACGUCGCACACCACCACCACCCGCACCACCCGCCCCACCCCCACCACCCGCACCACCCACACCACGCGCACCACACGCCGCUGCUGCUCGACAUCAACCAGAUGUCGCUGCGCGGCGCUCGGCUGGGCGCGCUGGGCGGCGGCGUAGGCUGGCCGCACGCGCACGCGCACGCACACGCGCACGCGCGAGAUCACGCGCACGCGCAGCGCACGCAGGUGGCGGGCGUGGGAGCGGUGGGCGGCGAGCUGUGGGGCGCGGCCGUGCUGCCAUCGCUGCCGCACCUGCGCUACCAGAUGGGCAGCGUGUACGCGGGGCUGUCAUACCACGGCGGGUUCGUGCCGCCGCCGCCGCCGCCACCGCCACCGCCACCGCCGCCGCCGCCGCCGCCGCCGCCGCCGCCGCCUCCGCCGCUGCCACGAGCGCCCUUCGCGUCACCACCGCACGCACAUUACCUGGCUGGCUCGCAGCGGGCAGAGGGCGGUCGGUUGGAUGUCAUGGGCGGUGGAGAAGGUGGACUGUCUCCUCUGCAGCCGGCUCCGGAUCUUCAUCAUGCGCCGCUCUUACUCGCCACCGAGGCACGUGGAACACCACUAGAGUUGAUGGCGCCGCACCACGCGAGACACGCUUUGUCUCAUCACCAUCACAGACGUAGUGGCGGCGGCGUGGGUGUCGGGCCCGGCAGCGCCGUGGGCUCCGUGGGCUCCGUGGGCGCCGUGGGUGGCGUAGGCGUGGGCGUGGGCGUGGGUGGCGUAGGCGUGGGCGUGGGCGUGGGCGUCGUGGCCGCCGGCUCGCGCGCCGCGCGGUCAUACGUGCGCGCCGCCGCGCGCUGGCCGCCGCACCCCGUGCACCACAUACACGCACAGGGUGGCGGGAGUCUAAUGGGGGCUCUGCCGCACGUACAAGCGCAGCUGCACGUGGCGCCGCCCUUACCCCUGCCCCCUCCACCGCCAACUUAUCAGGUGUUCCUGAACCUGCUGGCGAUGUUCCCGCUGUCGCCGUACGGGGAGGCGCGUGAGGGUCGCGAAGGGCGCGAGGGGCGCGACUCUGCGGAGCCCGAGCCGGAGAACUACGAGGCGCUGCUGUCGCUCGCCGAGCGCCUUGGCGAGGCCAAGCCCAGGGGGCUCGCGCGCCACGAGAUCGACCAGCUGCCCACCUACAAGUACAGCGACCAGACCAGACACGGCGAGCAAACUUCGUGCGUGGUGUGCAUGUGCGAGUUCGAGGCGCGGCAGACGCUCCGCGUGCUGCCGUGCGCACACGAGUUCCACGCCAAGUGCGUCGACAAGUGGCUGCGGUCUAACAGAACGUGUCCGAUAUGCCGAGGGAACGCAUCAGAGUACUUCAAUAACUCCGAGUGA